AUGACAACGAGAAGUCGAAAUUACAUUGCGCUGUCCGGGCAUUCAACGGCCGAAAGGACUCAGGAGGCAUCUGUUUUGCCGGGGGACGAAGGUUUCAUCUCGCCGGAGGAAGACAGUAAUGGUCGUUUGCCCAGCCGUUCUCAUUCCGAAGACGAGUGGGAUAGGAAUAUCACAAUCUUUCCUGCCCUAUCAAGGCAAUUUUCGUACGAGCAAAAUGGCCUGAAGAAAUUCUUAAAGUCCAAAACAGGAAUUUUGACUAUCUUCGGUGCAGUUGUUGUCCUUUGCGGUGUUGUUGUUUUUUGCCUUCGCAAUACUAUUGCAAUAGCCCGCCUCAGGCAAAUGGGGAUUCCUCCGGGACUGUACUCACGCGAUGGAGUGUUAUACGUUGGUCACAAGAGUCCUUUUAUGAUCAAGGGAUUCUCGUGGUAUGGGAUGGAAGCUCCCACGGUAAUGCCAGCUGGUUUGGACAAAGUUUCUAUCAAUGAGAUAUUCGAGUUUACAAGCAAGUUUGGGUUCAACGCAAUCCGCUUGCCAUUGUCCGUGGAGAACCUUGUCAAGAAUCCAAUUGGAUACACGGUUACCUUUAAGAACCCUGAACUCACUGGCCGUUCCUAUAUUGAUGUUGUGAAAGCUAUUACUCGGAAAGCAGCACACAACAAUGUUUUGAUUCUUUUGGACGUUCAUCGACUGCAAUCCCACGAAAUCAAGAGUAAGGGGCUGUGGUACUCCAAAGAGGUUCCUGAAGAUCGCCUUGUUUAUGUUUGGAAAAUUCUUUGCAACCACCUCAAAGACGAAUGGAACGUUUUGGGUGCAGAUCUUUAUAAUGAACCUUGGGAUGCCGUGUGGAAUUCCUCAGAUAAGUCUAGAGACUGGAAGCGAGCUGCAGAACGACUUGGAGACAGCGUUCACGAAACAUGUCCCAGUUGGACAGUCUUUAUCGAAGGCAUCGGAGGCAGGGAGAGCACUACGAAGACAGAAGUAUUCUGGUCUGAAAAUUUGCGCGAUAUACAGGAUGCUCCGCCGCAACUGAAACUCAAGAACAAGGUUGUCUUGAGCCCUCACGUUUACGGCCCGUCAGUUCACAACCAAUCUUACUUCAAGGAUGCCAGUUUCCCGAAGAACAUGCCAAGUAUAUGGGAUGACCACUUUGGUGAAUCAAGCAAAGCCUCUGGGAUUGCAACUGUCGUCGGGGAGUGGGGAGGUCACUACCAUGGCAUGGACAGGGAGUGGCAAUCAGAAUUUUUUCGAUACUUGAAAGACAGGAACAUACCUUUCUUCUACUGGUGCCUUAAUCCUGAUAGUGUUGACACCGGUGGUUUGAUUCACGAGGACUGGAGAACUCCGGAGGAAAAUCGUCUUUCGAUGCUCGCAGAUGCCCCCUCAACAAAAGUGAAGGAUUAUCUUAUCCAUUUCAAGCAUUGGCGAAAUUGGAGAGUGUGACAAGUUGACAUGUUUCUGUUUCGUUCGCGAAGUGCAAUAGAUAGUAACCUCGGUUAAUGCCCCUUCUCACAACUUGUUGGGCUUUGAAUGACACAGACAGAUCCAGUCGUCAGCUGACCAAUAUUGAGACGAAUCAUAGUCGGGACUCUUGUUUUCGUUUCAUUGCAGUGGAAAUGGAACUGAACUCGACCACAGCUGCACGGGCUAAGCUGUCAGAUUAUCCACUCUCCGGCUGAUGUCUUAUUCCUGUGAUCCAACGUACGAUGGUUCUUCUGAUUCUCGCAAGGAGAGCCGGCAAGCCCUAAGAGACACAUUCGUAACGUCACAUGAUGCCCUUGAUGACGAGGGCACAUGCAGCAUUCUUCGCUACCUUGCCAUGGCCGUCGCGCCCUCUCGCUAUGAAUUUGCUUAAAGGUUGUGUCUCAAUCAAGGAUCAAGCGCUGGACAAACGAGAGCUUGGGAAUCCGCGGCGUCCAAUAGGACAUAUAUGAGCUAGAAAGGAUUGAGAAAGGGAGUAAUUUCUCUGGACAGUUUGUUGGAGGCAGCUGCGUUUAGGGUGAAAUCUCGCGUUGCUCAAGGAGCCUGCUGCGAGGCACUGCUGAGAAGCAGUGUUUUAAGUUUCAGGAUGGGUCGCUUACCUCUAGUAGAGAAAACAAAUUACCAAUAUUCUAAUGUACAGUACAUAGUGUAGUACCAAGGGUACAGUACAACGUGCUAAUGUUCUCGCUGA